AUGAUAUUAAGUGGAGAGAAAGAAGACUACCAACCUCCAGAAAAUGAAAAAUCUUCAUCUCCAUUAAUCAGAGCUGAUCCAUCAACUUCCACUUUUGAUGUAGCUCCGAAAAAAGACGAAGAAAAGGAAAAAACAAAUGUUGGAAACAAUCCUGUCAGAAGACCAAGGUCAAUGGGGGGUAGCCGUCAAGUGAGCACAGAAGAUGAAGACGUUGCUAGGAAAAAACAAUCAGAAUCUAGAAAAAGAUCCACGGCAUCUCAGGGUAUGAAACAUAAAAAAAUGCAUCCAGCUGAACGUAGAGCAGCAUUUCUUAUGGCAAAUACUCCGACUACAGAGACAAAUAGCGGAUAUAAAAGGGACCGCAUGCAGUUAAUGCAUUCCGUAGAUUGUCGCGCGCCGAAUUUCCUUUUAAAAGAGCAGAUUAUGGAAAAAUUCGAAAGACAUUCUACAAUUCAUGGAAUAUGUCAUGCCUCGCUAGCUCCAAACAAACGCUGGCGAAGGUUUUGGUUAGGAGUGUUUACAGUGUGUUUCGUUAUUAUGGUUAUUCAAGUUAUAUAUCUAGUUCUCAAAUAUUUGCGCUUUCCAAAAACAGUUGAUCUUGAUCUCAAAUUUGAAAAUGCCCCAUUUCCAUCUGUUACUUUUUGCAAUCUUAAUCCGUACAAAGCCUCGGCCAUAGGAGAAGAUUCAAAGAUUCAAGCAACGGUCAGUAUCAAAACAAACUUGUUUGAAUUUCGAAUUAAAGUGUAUCAAUUUUUAGUUAGAUGCAUUCAAAGAUAG